AUGGACGGUGGGGCUCGCAUUCGAGACGCCCCAGUGUCACCGGUCCGUGUUAAUUUUCAGAACGGAAACUGGGCUCAACCCUCGAAUGCCAACGUUGAGUACACGCAAUCCUCCAAAUAUAAUCUGGUCGACCGCUCCCGGCACGUCCCGCACGUUGCUCAGCUCGCUAGCGACAGAGCACCACUCGAGCCCAACAACGCAUCACAUGCUGCCUCGUCGCCGCGCCAUGCGGAUCCGUCAAGUCAGCCACUUUCACCUUCGUCCUCGGCGACAAUCCCUGAGCGCCGCAAGGAGUCCAUGGGCGCUACAAUGAGCCCUACCGAGCGAGUUCGGCAGCAAGACAUGUUCAGGACCAGCCGCGAGUCGGACGAUACGACGAGUACGCAGCAGCAAGCGUCUACCGAGUCGUCGACAGCGACGAGCGCAAGCUCGAUCACUGGUGCGGUCGAGACGACGGACUGCCAGCCCAAUGAGGAUUCACCUGGGAGCUCUGUGAUGGAAGGAAACAUCCCGAGGAUACAUUCCGUCCCCCAGUUCCAGUACCACCACCAGCAGUACCCUCAGCCGAACCGGGUGAACAGCGUCCCGCAGGAAGAUGGCCGUACCGCAUCGACCCCCGACUUGACCGACGGCGCUGCUCAUAUCAGGCGUCACCUUACACCUAAUUCACAGUACUUCCGGAGAAGCUCAUUGCCGCGACCGCACUCCUCGUACUCGGCAUAUUCAGACCUGGCGCCACGGGGGCGCUCGCCUGGACUGUUGCCCGGUGACCUGCGCGCUCCCUCGGCCAACUCGCGCAGGUCUCCCGACGUACGCCACUCGACGUACGCUGAACUCCUCAGUGUACCAUACCCCCAGCAAGCGCCUGCGACGCCCGGGCUUGACAACUCAAACCUCCGAUCCGUCAUCGGCAACAAUGCCUCCCUCCUGAGUACGCAGAAGACGCUAGAAAUGUACCGCGCCAAUGUGAAAAAGACCACGGAUUUCUCCAUUCAAUACUCCUUUGCGGUGUUCCUGAUCUCCACGGCGCAAGAGCAGGGCUUGGACAUUUCCGAUCCCAAGGGGCGAAAGGCCACUCCACAGCCUUUGCGCGACCAUGACAGCCCCAUCAUCGAAGCCGAGGCGACGUCGCCUUAUGAGCUGGUGCGAGAGGCGCGCCAGAUCCUGCAGCGUCUCGCUAACGGCGGAUAUCCCUUCGCGCAAUACUACCUGGCGGAUGGAUUUGCAUCUGGUCUCUUCAGCAAAGGCAAAGAGGAUUACAACUCGGCCUUCCCACUGUUCGUCCUUGCAGCCAAACACGGACACGCCGAAUCAGCGUACCGAACAGCACUCUGCUACGAGUUCGGCUGGGGUUGCCGAAAGGACCCCGCCAAGGCAGUUCAAUUCCUGCGCUCGGCGGCUUCGAAGCGACACCCAGGCGCCAUGACGCGCUUGGGUAAGGCUUGCUUGUCCGGCGAUCUCGGCGAGAAACGCUAUCGCGAGGGCAUCAAGUGGAUGAAACUUGCCACCGAAGCUGCUGACACGCAGUACAACUCGGCGCCAUACCAACUCGGCUGCCUGUACGAAACAGGGUACGGUGACGACGUGUUCCCCGACGAGCACUACGCCGCGACCCUAUUCACACAAGCUGCCGCCCUGGGACAUCCCGAAGCCAACUUUCGCAUGGGCGAAGCGUACGAGCACGCGCGCCUGGGCGUUCCCAAGGACCCCGCCCUCAGCGUCCAUUUCUACACGGGCGCUGCGGAACAGGGGCAUGCCGCGGCGAUGAUGGGGCUGUGCGCAUGGUACAUGGUGGGCUCUGACGUUCUGGAGAAGGACGAGGAAGAAGCCUUUGAAUGGGCGCGUCGAUCUGCAGAGCUCGGCUAUGUGAAGGCUCAAUAUGCCCUUGGUUAUUUCACCGAAAUGGGCAUUGGCUGUCGUCGUGACAUCCUCGAGGCGAAUGUAUGGUAUGUCAAGGCUGCGGACGCCGGCGACGAGCGUGCCAAGCAGCGACUCGCUAUCAUCCAGGCGGCCGUCAGCGGCGAGGGAAAGCCCAUGGACGUGGCGCCGCCUCGAUCGGGAAAGAUUACAAAGGAAAACAGUGACAAGGACUGUGUGGUAAUGUGA